GUGAAGAGGCCAGCAGGCAUGGGGAGCAUCCUGAAUCGCAUCGGGAGCAAAAAGCAGAAGAUGAGCACUUUGGAGAAGUCUAAGAUGGACUGGGAUGCCUUUAAAUCAGAGGAGGGCAUCGCAGACGAGCUGGCAAUCCAUAAUCGAGGCAAAGAAGGGUACGUGGAGCGGAAGAACUUCUUAGAGAGAGUGGACUUGCGGCAGUUUGAGCUGGAGAAGAGCGUCCGUCUGAACAACAUGAAACGGUGACAAGAGGAAAGAGCACAUUCACUGAUCACAACACAGACUGUCCCAUAUUCACAUUCGCCCUGCACACACUGUCGGUUUUUCAACAUUUUUUCAGAUCCCUGGCCUGUAACAGUCCUGCAAAAACAGGUCUGCCUUCACAAUUAAAUGUUUGCUCACCAUCUUUUUCUUCUACAAUUCCUUUGUCCGAUAUUGCAUGUCGUCUUCAACAUGAAAGUGAAACUGCUCAAGAUGUUAGUCUUCCUCAGAAACCCCAUUUUACAAUCCGCUGAAGUACGUCAGACACACCUAACAUUCAAUGAGAGUGACAUUAAUGGGGAAGAAAACCUCAUUAAGAUCCUCAGAUAAGGGUUUUCAGCUUAAACUGAAUUAUUCGGCAUAAUUCAUAUCUUUGUUCUGACGGUUAGGCUUUUCGUAAUAUUAACGGCCAUCCUAUUCAGGAAAAUUGUUCUUUUAUUUGAUGGUUAAAUGGAAGGGCGCAUUUGUCUUUUGUUUUUUCUUCAUGUAUACUUAGUGUUGUCUUGAAUUUAUUUGUAUGGGAAUUACCCGCCGUCGUUUUAAUAGUGUUUCACUGUUUGACAGGAAUAAAUCAUGUCAGUUGGUUUGGACACUUUCUUUUUAAAUGAA